UGUCAAAUCGUCGAUUAUUCAGUCGUCUGCUACAGUGCCAUUCCUUCAGCACACCUCCGGCGUUUGACAAGCCUCGUUAUGGAUUGCUGAUUCACAGUGAAUUGCACAAUCAUUCGGGCGAUUGUUGCCAUUAUAUAAAGUCUUUCCUCCUCACUUAGUUAUACCAUGCCAUUCAGUGCAACAAAUCUCGAAAUUUAUUGAGACAAAAUGGCCUCUUCCGGGACUACUUUACAGCAAGCCAUAGAAAUGGGUAAAAAAGCGGUUGUUCUUGAUCAGCAAGGAAAACACGAAGGAGCUGCCUACUAUUAUGAACAAGCUGCCAUUGCAUUAGAUGGUAUAGUAGCCACAGAAUUAAGUGCACCAGCAACAUUGGCAGUCAAAGCUACAGAGUAUAGACAGCGAGCAAAUUCAUUAAGACAUUUAUAUUUAUCAUCCCAUGUGGUAGCCUCAUUGACGGAAGAACAGCAAUCAAUCUUGAAUAAUGCCCGCUGCUCAGUUAAUAAAGCAUUGGAAGUAGAUGAAAUGGGAGACAGUGAAAAUGCAUUAUCACUUUACAUAGAAGCUGUUGAAAUCUGCAGUUCAGCGGCUAAUUUAACCACUGAUAAAAACCUUCAGUUAAAGCUCAAGAAGUUAGCUAUGCAAGCACUGACUCGUGCAGAAGAAUUAAAAACAAAGCCUCAAACAACUAAUGCCAAGGCAUCAGCUUUAGCAACAACUUUACGAAGUGGAGCAGUUGAUCAGUCUUCCAUUUCGCCUUUGAAAGUGUCCGGGUCGCAGUCGUAUUCUGUAGAAGAAAAAAAAGUUUUAGCCAUCACAUCUUUGAUUAACGGACGAGAAUAUGUCCCUUUUAUGGCAGGCGACCUGCAAGAACGUUUCAUUUUUCCAUAUCCUUUCUCGGACAAACAUGGCAAAUUAUCUCUUUCACCAAAACAAAAGAAAUCACUUUCUAGAUGGGCAAGACCAGAUGAGAUAAGUGAAGACCCGAAAGUAAUUGAAAACAUUGAUUGUUUCAGUAUCAAACAAACGGUCGUUUCCGAUUGCUCUUUCGUCGCCUCGCUUGCUGUCUCAGCCCAAUAUGAAAAGCGUUUCAACAAAAAGCUAAUCACCAAUACCAUUUACCCGCAAAACAGAAAUGGCAUGCCAGUCUACAAUCCUAGCGGUAAAUACAUGAUCAAAUUGCGUAUAAAUGGAGUUUCUCGGAAGGUUGUUAUUGAUGACUUUUUGCCGGUUGGACGCCACGGUGAACUUCUUUGUUCAUACUCGGUGAAUCGCAAUGAAUUGUGGGUAUCCUUGUUAGAGAAAGCUUAUAUGAAGGUUAUGGGAGGAUACGAUUUCCCUGGCUCUAAUAGUAAUAUCGAUUUGCACGCAUUGACCGGUUGGAUUCCCGAACGUGCAGCUUUAAAAUCAAGUGGCGAGGAAGAGUUUAAAAAAGACGAGCUUUUCAAGAAACUUUACGAUAGGUUUCACAAAGGCGACGUCCUUGUCACCGUAGCGACUGGCGAAAUGAAUGAUGCAGAUGAGGUUCGGACGGGAUUAGUUUCUGCACACGCCUAUGCACUCUUAGACAUACGCGAAGUGAAAGGAGUUCGUCUUAUAAUGCUGAAAAACCCAUGGUCGCAUGUUCGAUGGAAGGGUAAUUACUCGGAGCUCGAUGCUAGACACUGGACAACGGAAUUGAAGAAACAAUUGAAUUACAACCCAGAAAGUGCUGCCAAUUUCGACAAUGGCGUGUUUUGGAUAGAUUAUGACAGUCUAUGUUCUUUUUUUGAUGUCGCAUACCUUAGCUGGAAUCCAUCUCUUUUUACCCACACGUUCUCUAUUAUAAGCUGUUGGAACGCUGGUUCAGGACCGGCAAAAGAUUUGUACAAUAUUGGAGAGAAUCCGCAGUUCAGCCUAACGGUGCGUAGCCCUGGAUCUUCGGCCGUCUGGAUUCUUUUGACACGACACAUUACCGAUAUAGAAGAUUUCCGGGAAAAUAAGGAAUAUAUAACCGUUCUAGUGUACAAGAAUGAUGGAAAGCAUAUAUACUAUCCUGCCGAUCCACCGCCUUAUAUCGACGGAAUUCGUAUCAACAGUCCCCAUUAUCUAUGCAAACUUCUCCAUGCGCAGGCAGGCACGGAACGUUAUACCCUCGUCAUUUCCCAGUAUGAAAAGUCGAACACCAUAAACUACAGUCUACGUGUGUAUAGUACUUGCCCGUUUGAACUAAAGAAAAUAACGAAACCCUACAAGUAUAAAGACGAAGUAAGAAACGAUUGCUGGAAAGGAGUAACAGCUGGGGGUUGUGCUAAUAAUCCUCUCACCUACCCGAAAAAUCCGAAAUAUCAAUUUACUUUGGAAAAAACAAGCGAUCUGUUGAUCGACCUCAAAGGUCCGAAACAAUUUUUAAUUGGUUUUGACGUAUUGUGCAUUUCUCUUGCUGAAAACGAUUCCCAAGCUGGAGCAUUCACUAAGAAAUCUUCCGGUGCAUUUCGAUCUGGAUUUGUGAUACUAGAAUUGGAGAAUGUUCCUCCGGGUUUGUACCAUGUAGUCCCAUCGACAUUUCAUCCUGGACAAGAGGGUCCAUUUUUUUUAACCAUUCAAUCUCCAUAUCCAAUCAAACUUAAAAAAUUUCAAUGAAAACCAUAUUAUCGCUGCCAAAA